CGCAGAGCGCUCGCCCGGUGGCGGACCUGCUUUCCAGCGGCUGGCGUCUAUGUUUGGUGUCCAGUGGCGCUUGCUACUGCGUCUCCUGUGCGCUCCUCUUGUCUCAGAGGCAGCUACUGCAGUCUCGCGUGUAGUACAGCUACCUAGGGACAGAUGAACAGUGAUGUGUGUGUCCACUGCUGGCCUUGCUCCUACUACCUGAACCUUGAGAAGCAAUGGGUUCCUGGGAAGCUGACUCUGACACCUCGGUCACUGAAGUUCAGUACGGACAGAAAUGAAGAGGUCCUUGUGGGCCUGCCUCUCUCCAGCAUCACUGAGAUCAGGAAGGAGUCUUCUCUCUUUAUCUUCAGUGCCAUCACAGUCCUGGAGAAGGGCCAGGCCAAACACUGGUUCAGCUCACUGCGGCCCAGUCGCAAUGUUGUCUUCAACAUCAUUGAGCACUUCUGGAGGGAGCUGCUACUGUCCCAGCCAGGCACUGCUGCCAGCACAGCCUCCCCCAUGACCAGGGGGCAGGAGCUGUUGGGACUGAUGGCUAGUUCCCAGAGACGCAUGGAAGACACAUCGAAGGUCCUUCAUCACCAGGGCGAGCAGCUGGACAGCGUCAUGAGGGGCCUGGAGAAGAUGGAGUCAGAUCUAGAUGUGGCUGACAGAUUGCUGACAGAAUUGGAGUCUCCUUCCUGGUGGCCUUUUAGCUCUAAGCUUUGGAAGACGCCGGCAGAAGCCAAGCCCAAGGAAGGUGUCUCUGUAGCCUCUUGUGAGCCCUUUGGAAAGGAAGGGGUAGUGAUCAGAGUCCCUGCUAUUGUUUCUCAGAAAACAGAGUCUCAUGCCAAGCCAGGAAAGCUCACUGUCCUGGUCUCUGCUUUGGAAAUCCACGACUCCAGUUCAUUGCUCCUGCACAGGUUUAAGAGGGAAGAUGUGGAUGAUAUCAAGGUUCACUCUCCUUAUGAGGUCAGCAUACGCCAGCGGUUCAUCGGGAAGCCAGACGUGGCUUACCGGCUGAUAUCUGCCAAGAUGCCAGAGGUCAUUCCCAUUUUAGAAGUGCAGUUCAGCAAGAAGAUUGAGCUCCUGGAAGAUGCCCUAGUGCUUAGGAGCUGGGCCCAAACUGCCCCUGCAGAGGGUAGCUGCUUCAUGCAUGCAGCUUCCAGACUGAUGGGCUGCACUCCACCCCGAGAGCUGCCCAUGGGAGGCCAGGAAGGCGAGCAGCUGCAACUGCAGAGGAACUGGCCACUACUCUCUGAGGGGGAAGCCCAGGAGCUGACACAGAUCCUGAGCAAGCUGAAGGGACUGGCACUGGACACUGAGGCAGAGCUCGAGCGCCAGGAUGAAGCUCUGGACGGCAUCACUGAGGCUGUGGACCAGGCCACCCUGACUCUGGACAAGCAUAACCGGCGUAUGAGGAAGCUGCUGUAGCGGAGCGAGUUGCAGAGCGGUCCCCCUGGCAUGGCGCUCCUGAUUCUGCUGUUUCCAGGCCUGUGUCCUUCGCACUGGAACCUGGGAAGCCAUUUGUGGUGCUGUGAAACUGUGACAUCUUCCUAAGGAUGGGCCACCAAGAGGAGCCAUGGCCUGCAUGAGUAUGAUGUGUUUUCCAGGUGCCCUUAGCAUGUGGGCCAAGUCCUGUUCAGGUAAGGAUGGCCACCAUGGCAUAGCCAUCCUCCCUGUCCUCACUGAGACCCCAGCUUUAUGCUGUCGUUGUGGGACUGUGACCCAGGUUGCCAUGCACAAAUCACAUCAUAUUGUCAUCGUUUCACCGUUUCUGCCGAACAGUAAAGAAAAUGCCAGUCACUCUGAGCGAUGCGUACUUGGUCUAACUCUGCUGUUCACUUUCCACAAGCAUUGAUUCCCCUUUAAGAUGCUGCUGUAGGGGGGCUGGAGAGAUGACUCAGUGGUUAAGAGCAUUGCCUGAUCUUCCAACGGUCCUGAGUUCAAUUCCUGGC